AUGUCGCCGACACUUACUGGCGCUGCUGCUGCUGCCUCGUCGUCUUCCGCUGACUCCUCUGUCAGCGCCGGCGCUGUUAUCGGCGGUGUCGCUGCCGGUAUUGUCGGAGUCGCCGCUCUUGUAUUUGCGGCCUUGUUCCUCAUACGCCGCAAGAGGAAUGACGCCCCACUGGAUGACGACUUCAACCCGCACAACUUCAAGCACCAGUCCGUCAUCCUUCCGGACGAAGGUGUGCUGUCGCGCGCGAGCUCCGUCAAUCGCAACUACGCCGAACGCGACGAUCGUUCCCUCACGGGGCAGACGAUAGCCGCCGUGCCGCCGUCGUUCGGUGGGUCGUACGCGGGCUACGGCGGGGACAACAAUUACUACGGUCAGCCGUACGCGCCCUACCAGGCUCAGUAUGGCUAUAGUCCUGGGCAAUACAUGAAUAGCCCGUCGACGCCGACUACGCCAUAUGCGGCAACGCCGACGUCCGCUACGCCGUUCAUGAACAACCAGUCUCCUUACGGUGUUAUCUUCCAGGCUCCAGGCUCCCCCGUCACUCGUCAGCCAUCCAAUGGUGCCGCGCAGUACCUGAACCGCCAGCCGUCCAUGGGCAACAUGCGCAACGUGUCUGAGCCGACGACGCCGGACGCUGCGCUUACCCGCCAGGCCUCCAUGGGCGCCGUCUCUGUCCUCUCGCGCCAGCCGUCCGUCGGGGCGGAGCAGGCUCUCAACCGCCAGCCGUCCAUGGGCGCAAUGCUCAGCCGCCAGCCAACCGACAUCGCCAAAGCGAGCCUGUACCGCCAGCCGUCCGACCUCGUCACUGAUAUCCUCAACCGCCAGCGCAGCGGACAGCAGCAAGGCGAACAGCGCGUCGGGCCCGACGCGCAUUACGUCGACCUGAGCCGGUCGAGCGUGACGCCGUUCCAGGAGCAGCAGUACACGGAGAUUUCGCGCAGCCUGAACAUCGCGCCGCCGGGUGCUCAGACAUACCCCGACGAGAAGGCCGGGGCGCGGCCCCCGCCUGCGCCGAAGGAGGACGUCGCAUCGCCCUUCGCCGACCCCGAGGACGACGAGCAGGAGCUGACGAUCCCGGGCCACCCCCACGUCAUCGAGUUCCCCAUGACACCGCAGACGGGGGAGUCCUUUGGGACGCUACCCUCGCCGGGGCGGUACGCCGCGGCGCCGCCGACGCCCAAGUACGAGGCGACGCUGCAAUCGCCCGCGUAUGGGAUCGACCGCGUGCCGUCGACGCCGCCCAUCCUGCCUGAGAUCUACCUCCAGGAGCGCGCCUUCUCGCCCGUGUCCGACACGAACUACCCCAAUGCCCCGGUGUCCGCGCAGCCGUCCGAGAGCUUCGACCUGCCGAGCCCGCUGCCCCAGGCGCACUUUGGUGACGGUGCGAAGCCGGGUAGUCCCACGGCGGCGCGCCCGCCGAGCCCUGGGAAGCUUGCCCCUACGUCUGCCGCGCGUGCGGAGGUGUCGGGGGUGAAGAGGCCGGAUACCGUGUAUAGCAUCGCGCCCGAGGAUGCGUACGACGGGAUCUAA